GGCCCGCCGGAGUUCUCCGCCACCGCCGCCGAGUUCUCGCCGGGCGUGGCCGCGGCCACUGCCCCGCUGACCGACGGGGUGGAUGUGAUCAAUCUGAUGCCCCCGAGCCACCGCGCGCUGCUGCGCGGCGGCUACGACGACUACACCGGGGUCUGGGUGGCCUACUACAUCGGCCGCCUGAAGAGCUUCAACCACAAGAACGGUUUCGGGUUCAUUGAGUGCAUGCAGUGCAGGAAGGACUACGGCUGCGAUGUCUUCGUGCACAAGAACUUCGUGCCGCACCCCUGGAACAUAGGCCAGCCCGUGGAGUUCGCCGUGAUGUGCAACCAGCGCGGGCAGCCGCAGGCCUUCGACGUCAACUGGCUGCCGCGCCUGGACCGGCCGCAGCCGCGCACCGCAGCGCCCGCGGGUGGACGCCAGAGAGGUCGCAGACCCGCAUCGAACGGUGCUGGCGGUGGCUUGAGCACUGGCGGCACUGGAGAUACCUCAGGAUCCAGCGGCCAGGGCGCGGCGGCAGCGGCGGCCUCGGCCAAGCAGGCGGUACCCGCGACGCCGCCGACGGAGCCGCGGAAGCUGGGCACGCUGAAGAGCUUCUCCGCGGGGCAGGGCUACGGCUUCAUCUCGUGCGAGGAGGUGUUCCAGAUGCACCAGCGCGACACGUACUUCGACAAGGGGCAGAUUCCACCUGGAUCCAACUGGAACUACGGGCAGACGCUGGAGUUCACCCUCUCCCUGAACCAGCGGAAGCAGCCACAGGCCCGCGACAUCAACUGGGACCCGGUGCCCCGCAUCCCCGCUGGCGCCUCCGCCCAGCAGCCUGGCGGGCUGCCCAAGAACGGCAACAGGACUAACGUGUCCCCCACAGCUACCGAGAGGCUCCAGAAGCUGCUUGUGAUGAUGCACGAGAAAAACUACGAGAACGCCAUCAUCAUAGCCAUCGAUCUCCAAGGAGGCGCCACGGGAGACGAGAGCGACACUGUCGACUACGUGAUGUUCGUGCUCGACCGCAUGAGCACCGCGGAGGAGUCCGUAGAGCUGGUCGGGGACGUCGCCAAGAUGCUGCUGCUCGUGAUGCUGGCCAAGAUGCUCAUCACGCCCUCUCCCGCCCCUCCGGGCCGCGAGGCGGUUCCGCUGGAACGCUGCCAGCAGAUUGUGAAGUGGUUCGGGAAGCUGGCCGCGUGUCUGAAUCCCACCUCCACGAUGCAG